AUGAUCACAUUUUCAAAAUUAAUUAGGCCUUCUUUACCAGAUGAUUGUAUAUAUGAUAUAUUACAACAUCUUCGUGGUGAUCGUUCUACUUUAUAUAAUUGUCUUUUCGUUAAUCAUUUUUGGUGUAGUUGUGUAAUUCCAUUAUUAUGGUGUCAACCUUUUUCAAGUUUUAGAUGUUGGGCUUUAAUUGUUAGAACUUAUAUUUAUUGUCUUGAUAAUUCUGCUCUUUCAACUUUAAUCCCAUUCAACAUUUAUAUUCCUAAAACUUAUAAACCUUUAUUCUCUUAUGAAAGGUAUUUAGAAUCUUUUUCAAUUUCUGAUAUGGAAAAUGGUAUAAUUACUUGGUUAAGAAUAAAUGCUGAAACAAGGAUUAGAUCUGAUGAUGAUAGAAUAAGGCCGAUCAUGAAUGCUUUUUGGCUUAUGUUUCUUAAUAAAUGUAGAAAUCUUGCUUCAAUUAGUAUUAAUACAGGUUAUGGAACUUCUGAUCUUCCUGAACUUGAUGUAUUCUUAAAUGCUCGUCCUGGUCUUUCAAAAUUACAAAGUUUAGAUUGUUGUAUUGGUCAUAAAAGUGAUGAAAUUUCAAAUUAUCAAAAUACUAUGAAUUUAUUAAGAAAUUGGCCUAUACAUUCUUCAAAUCUUUCAAAAAUGUGGGUUUCUGUUUACGAAGAUAGAAUUACUCCAAAUGAUUUAAUUUCAAGUAUUGUUAAAGCUCAAAAAAAUCUUAAAGAAUUUAAAUUUGCUGGAAUUGGAACUUUUACUCAAAAUGUUAUAUCUGCUCUAAAAUAUCAUGCCAAUUCUUUAACAACUCUUAAACUUUGGAUGCUCGUUUUGGAUGGAAUCUCUUUUGAUGGUUUAAUUUCAUUAGAAAAAUUGGUUUCUUUAGAUAUUCAAUGGUGUGAAGGUAUAUCAAUUGACCAUUGUUGUGCUUUAUCUAAUGCUUCUUUUCAUCUUACUAGUCUUAGUAUCUGGGAUAAUCCUUCGUCUCCAGAUAUUACUGCUACUUUAAUUGCUAAAGCUGGAAAAUUUUUAAGAGAUUUAAAAACUGAUAUGAUAACAAAGGAAAUGAUUGAAAUUGCAAUUAAUUCUUGCCCAAAUAUUACUCAUUUAUGUGUAAAAAUAAGAAAUGAGGAUUACGUUUAUUUUUUUCCUUGGAUUAAAAAUUUAAAAUUGGAACAUUUGGAUUUCUUUUCUCAUGAAGAUGACGCUAGUGAUGGAAUUAGGUUACUGGGUGAAUACAUUCCACCUACCGUAACUUAUUUGAACUUUGAUUAUGCUACAUACUCUUCUAGAUCUUUUAAAUAUUUUUUAACCGUUUGUGAAGCUAAUAUAAUAACUAUGAUUAUUAGAUUUUCUAAAGAGCUAAUAGAUGGAUGCUUCCAAGAUAUUUUGCUUUUUGCUAGAAAAAAAAGGUGCUUGAGGACUUUAGCGUUUAUUUGCACUCCUAUUUGUUGGAUGGAAUGGAGUGGAAAAGAACAGGAUUUGAUUGAGGAUAUGAAAAAAUGCAACGUUAAAGUCAUUAAAUCAAUAAGCAGAAAAUUUUAA